AUGGCUGCUUCAGAGUCGUUAGACCCCACACCAGUUGUGGCGGGCUCAGCAUCCAGACCCCGGUAUAUUGAUAUCGGCAUCAAUCUCGCAGACCCUAUCUUCAGGGGUUUAUACCAUGGGAAGCAAAGACAUCCGGACGAUCUCAGCGCGGUGGUGUCCAGGGCCCAGGAAGUGGGAUGCAGCAAGUUGAUCAUCACCGGGUCUGACUUCACGAGCUCGAGGCACGCGCUCGAGAUCGCCAGGGAGUACCCGGGGACUGUCUAUACCACCGCGGGCAUUCACCCCUGCUCCAGCUCCAUCUUCAGCACGUCGCACAAGCACGUGGACACGGACGGCCACACCAUGCCCUGCGACCCGGACCCGAGCCAGCCCAUCCCCGAGGACCAGGAGCCGGACCCGGAGAAGACGGCCAAGGUCAUCGCCGACCUGCGGCAGCUCAUCGAGGACGCGCAGUCGAGCAGCCCCGGCGCGCUGGUGGCGUUUGGCGAGUUCGGCCUCGACUACGACCGGCUGCACUACUGCUCGCGGACGAUCCAGCUGCACUCGUUCGCGGCGCAGCUGGACCUGGUGCUGGCGCUGCGGCCGCAGCUGCCGCUGUUCCUGCACUCGCGCGCGGCGCACGCCGACUUCGUGGGCCUGCUCAAGGCCAAGUUCGGCGAGCGGCUCGAGCGCCUCGAGAAGGGCGGCGUCGUGCACAGCUUCACGGGCACCGUCGACGAGAUGCGCGAGCUGAUGGACCUGGGCCUGUACAUCGGCACCAACGGCUGCAGCUUCAAGACGGCCGACAACUGCGCCGUCGUCCGCGACAUCCACCUCGACCGCCUCAUGCUCGAGACCGACGGCCCCUGGUGCGAGGUGCGGCCCAGCCACGAGGGCUGGAAGUACCUCGUCGAGUCCAAGCCCCCGACCCCAGCUCCCACGCCGGACCCGGCUGCGGCGGAGGGCACAGCACAGCAGCAGCAGCAGCAACAGCAACAGCAACAGCAACAGCAACAGCCGCCCGCGAAGCCCGCGCAAAAGUCCAAGAAGCCGCAGAAGAAGGAGCCCGAGGUCCCGGAGCGCUGGAAGUCGGUGAAGAAGGAGAAGUGGGUCGAGGGGGCCAUGAUCAAGGGACGCAAUGAGCCGUGCAUGAUCGAGCGUGUGGCCAAGAUCGUCGCCGGGAUCAAGGGCGUCUCGGUCGAGGAGGUCUGCGAGGCCGCGUGGAAGAACACGGCGACGGUGUUUGACGUAGACAAAGAGACAUAG